AUGGCCGCCGCGCUGGCGCCGGACAACGCGCUCGGCAUCCGCGCCUUCGCCGACCUGCACGCCUGCAGCGACCUCGCGCUCUGCGCCGCGCGCUACGUGCACCGCAGAAGUGCGUGUAGCGUAUUAGAAACAGAGGAGUUCCUCGCUCUCGCUCCGGAAACAUUGGCGCAGCUGCUAGACAGCGAUCGCAUUAUGGUGCCAAACGAAGAAGUAGUUUUAGAUGCGGUUAUUCGGUGGAUGCAACAUAAUCCAGAUGAACGGCAGCAGCACCUGGGCGCGCUGCUGGAACACGUGCGGCUGCCGCUGCUGGCGCAGGACGUGCUGGUGGCGCGCGCAGCAGCCGAGCCGCUCGCCAGCGCUGGCCUGCGUGUUAAGGACUUGGUGAUAGAGGCGCUGUCGUUCCACCUGCUGCGGCCCGAGCGGCGCGCCGCCGCCGCCGCCGCAAGCGCGCGCGCGCGCCCGCGCCAGCCGCCGCGCGCGCCCAAGGUGCUGGUGGUGGUGGGCGGGCAGGCGCCGAAGGCCAUCCGCGAGGUGGAGGUGCUGCAGCUGGACGCCUCGCCGCCGCGCUGGCGCCGCGCCGCCGCGCUGCCAUCGCGCCGCUGCCGCGCCGGCCUGGCCGUCGUCGCCGGCAAGCUCUACGCCGUCGGCGGCUUCAACGGCACCCUGCGCGUGCGCAGCGUGGACAUCUACGACGCGGGCGCGGACGCCUGGGCGGCCGGGCCGCCGCUGUGCGCGCGCCGCUCCACGCUGGGCGUCGCCGUCAUCGGCAACGUCAUCUACGCCGUGGGCGGGUUCGACGGCGCGUCGGGCCUGGCGUCGGCCGAGGCGAUGGACGCGCGCGAGGGCGUGUGGCGGCCCAUCGCCGGCAUGAGCACGCGGCGCUCGAGCGUGGGCGUGGGCGUGCUGGGCGGGCGGCUGUACGCCGUGGGCGGCUACGACGGCGCCGCGCGCGCCUGCCUGCACACGGUGGAGCGCUACGAGCCCGCGGCCGACGCCUGGCAGCCCGUGGCCGAGAUGGGCGCGCGGCGCUCGGGCUGCGGCGUGGGCGUGGUGGAGGGCGCGCUGUACGCCGUGGGCGGCCACGACGGGCCCACGGUGCGGCGCUCGGUGGAGCGCUUCCGCGAGGGCGCGGGCUGGGCGCCGGCGCCGCCCAUGGCCAGCGCGCGCCGCAACGCCGGCGUCGUCACGCACGCCGCGCGCCUCUACGUGGUGGGCGGGGACGACGGCGCCGCCAACCUCCCCACUGUCGAGGUACGCGCCACGCACGCAUCCACAUCCACCGACACGACGCCCGUUCACCGUCCACACUUCGCCUGCACUCUGCACACGUAA